AUGGAGGAACCAAUAUCACGUUAUGAAAAAAUAGACUUCUUGGGUGAAGGACAGUUUGCUACUGUGUAUAAAGCUCGCGAUGUUAAAACUGAUAAAAUCGUAGCUGUGAAGAAAAUUAAGAUCGGCUCUCGUUUAGAAGCUCAGGAUGGAAUUAACCGUACUGCUCUCAGAGAAAUCAAACUUUUACAAGAACUACAGCAUAUUAAUCUCAUAGGACUUCUUGACGUAUUUGGACAGAAAUCUAAUGUUUCGUUGGUAUUUGACUUUAUGGAUACUGAUUUGGAAAUAGUUAUUAAGGAUAGUAGUAUUGUACUUACACCUGCAAAUGUCAAAUCUUAUAUGAUAAUGACUUUAAAAGGUUUGGAAUAUUUACAUCAGAAUUGGAUACUGCACAGAGAUCUCAAACCAAAUAAUUUGCUAAUUAAUAGAGAAGGUAUAUUAAAAAUAGGUGAUUUUGGUUUAGCUAAAGCAUUUGGUUCACCUAGCAGAAUAAAUACACACCAAGUGGUCACAAGAUGGUACAGAUCUCCGGAACUUCUAUUUGGUGCGAGGCAGUAUGGUACUGGUGUUGAUAUGUGGGCGGUGGGAUGUAUUUUAGCUGAAUUACUACUCAGAGUUCCCUUCCUUCCCGGAGAGUCAGACUUAGAUCAAUUAUCACGCAUAUUUCAAGUUUUUGGGACUCCUACUGAGGAAAUUUGGCCGGGCAUGAAAACUUUAACGGACUACGUGCAAUACAAGCAGUUCCCGGCUCAACAGCUGCGACAUAUAUUCAGCGCGGCCGCUGACGAUUUGAUACAGCUUUUGGAGAGUCUGCUAGCGUUGUAUCCACCGCGACGCUGUGACUGCACUCAGGCGCUAAUGAUGCCCUACUUUAGUAACAAACCAGCUCCAUCACUUGGCCCUAAGUUGCCGAUGCCUUCAAAUGUUACUAAAAUUGAAGUUGAGAAACCAUCUCUUAAAAGGAAGUUACUAGACAACAUAGACGGGGGAUCCCUCGCUAAGAGACUUCAGUUUUAA